AUGUCAAACAACUUCCUUAAAUUAUUGGCCGCGGAAGAGAAGAUCCGGUCGCUCAAAUCGAAGCUUAAGGUAAGCCAGAAAGCUGACUGGGUGAAAGAAAAUUCCGCGCUCGAAGCGCGCGUCCGCGGCUUGGAGGACGAGAACGACUUACUGUGGGAAAGGUUGUCGAAACGCAAAAAAAAAGUUAACAGAAGCAAGAAUGUUAACUGUUUUGAUUCAUCAACUUCACACGAUAAGCAAGGAGCGAUCGCCACUGAGAUCCUACCAAAGUUCACACUCGAAGCUGCCGAGAAGAGAUACAGCGAACUCGAAGCUCAGCUUGAGGCAAAACAGCACCAAUGUGACGAGCUGUCGACUGAGCUGGCUGUUAUGAGCAACUCGCGUUAUUUCCUGCAUUGCUCGGUGGACGACGCAGAGGUGUGUCAUCAGUGGCGCAUGCUUCAGAUGGCAAUCGACCAACUAUGUCACAGCCACUUUGACCAACCUGUCAGGCAGAAAGUCCAAGACAAAAUGGCACUCAAGGAACUGGUAGCACUUUCUAGCGAUAGUCAAUCUUAUCUGAUCGGCGCUCAGAGAUGCUCUCCAUCUACGCUUUUCCAGGCGGCGAUAUGGCGACACCUGCAGCAUCGGUUCUUCGAAAGACCCUGGCGAUGUUUGGGAGAGGAUAUACAUCGAAAGUCCAAGGUAUUCAGCGCGAAGCUGCAAGAUAAGGAUCCUUCCGAGGCCUACUCUGCUUGGAGGUUGUUCACGGCGAGACUACUCGACGGUAGCUUGCAGAUUAACGACAAGACUAUUGCAACACAGACGGAGAAGAUCUAUGCAGCACUAGCCAAAUACGCGAAUCCGAUCCACGAGGUUGAGAGCCGCGAGAUUAAGGAGAAGCUGCAGAGUGUUGUCCGUUCAGCUGCGAGACUGUGCUCUGUAUUCGCAACAACAACCGCAUAUCCGUUGAUGUCGAAUCAGCCAGGAAAUUCAGACACUCAUGGAUUUUGGUUCGAUGUAGACACCAUGAUACGGCACUCGCGAUAUUCAUCCGAUAGUACUGACACGAUCGUGGAUAUGAUGAUCACGCCCAUACUUAUUCGAAGAGGCGAAAGGGGGGGUGUCCAGCUGCUUGGCAAGGCUAGAGUGACCACAAGUUCUGCUGCUUGGUGA